AUGGACUCCUCCUCCUCCUCCUCCGCCCACGGCAGCGGCGCCGGCGCCGGCCUGCUGGGCCGCGGCGGGGGCAAGGGCGGGAGCGGCACCGGCACCGGCAGCGGGAGCGGGAGCGGGAUCGGCGGGGACAGCACGUCGACCAUCGGCGGGGGCGGCGCGUCGGCGGAUGCGUGGACCCGGCUCGUCAGCUCCGGCGUGGAGGACGACCUGGUGUGCGCCGUGGGAGCCGGGGCUGGGUUCGGGGCGGGUGGCCUGCCGUACGGCUACUUCCUCGAUGCCUGCUUCCUCUGCCGGAAGCCGAUCGCCAGCAACCGCGACAUCUUCAUGUACAGAGGGGACAUCGCGUUCUGCAGCGAGGAGUGCAGGACGGAGCAGAUGGAGGCGGACGAGGAGAUGGAGAGGAAGGAGAAGAGCGCGUCCGCCAAGAAGCUGUCGCAGAGGCCGCCGUCCCUGGGCGAGGUGGAAUCCCCGCCGCGGCCGCCCAAGACCAGGGCCGGGUCAAUCCUCGCCGGCUGA